AUGACUUUGGGCCCUAACCCUUCAACGGCUCCGGCGCCGUCCCGUCAAAAUGCUUCCUUCCCGCCAUCCAAUCAAGCUCCCAUGGCCAAUGCCAGGGCCGCAGUUGAACCCGAGUCCAAGUCUCUUUUCGAUGACAGCCCGGAAGAUGGUGAGGCUGUCAAAGAGGAUGAGUUCAAAGAAGGAGGAUAUGGCUGGGUGGUAGUCUUCGGCGUAUGGCUUGUGAAUAUGCAUACGUGGGGGCUCAUCUCGUCCUAUGCCAUCUUCUUAGCCUACUACUUGCGAUCCGGCUCAAUCAUAGGGGCUUCCCCUCUUUUCUUCGCCUUUAUUGGCGGUCUUUCUACGUCGAUGGCUCUUCUCGUGUCGCCCCUUGCCACUUAUAGUAUCAAGACUCUGGGGACUAGGAUCACGCUCUUCAUAGGUGCUGUCUUCGAAGCCGGCUCAUUCAUCGGCGCCUCCUUUUCUACCCAUGCGUGGCAGCUUCUUCUGAGCCAGGGCGUCUGCUUUGGCCUUGGUAUGGGUUUCUGCUUCACAGCUACCGUCGGUAUUGUCCCGCAAUGGUUCACCAAGCGGCGAUCUUUCGCCAAUGCCCUGGCAACAGGCGGUUCCGGAUUCGGUGGUCUCACCUACGCUCUGGGAGCGAACGCCAUGAUCACAAAUCUCGGGUUGGAAUGGGCAUUCCGCAUCCUGGCCAUCACCUGCUUCACCGUGAACGGCUGCGUCAGUCUGAUCAUCAAAGAUCGUAACAAGGCCGUCGGGGCCAAGCAUAUAGCUUUCCACAAGGAUCUCUUCUUCCAGCCUGAGUAUUGGCUCUUCGUCGGCUGGGGAUUCUUUGGUAUCAUCGGCUACAUCAUCGUCGUCUUCUCCAUUGCAGACUUUGCCCUACAGGCUGGCUUCACUAGCAAUCAAGCAUCGUUGGCGUCGGCCAUGUUCAACUUAUCCCAAGCGCUUGGCAGACCUGCAAUCGGUCUCCUCAGCGAUAGGCUAGGAAAGAUGAACGUCGCUGGAAUAGGGACUCUUAUUGCCAGUGUAGUCGCCUUCUUUUUGUGGAUCUUCGCCGGCAAAUACUUCGCCGGGCUCAUCAUCUACGCGCUCUUUGGCGCGGUAGCCGGCAUUCUUUGGCCAUGCGUGGGGCCUGUAGGAGCGGAGGUUGUUGGUAUACAGCUAUUGCCCGCAGCUCUUUCUCUGUACUGGAUUGUCCUUGUUUUUCCUGCGACUUUUGCCGAGGUGAUCGGACUGAGUCUCAAGCGGGAGAUGAUUGGAGCAGGCGUAUAUUUGAAUGUGCAGGUGUUCACUGGUUUCAUGUUCUUUGCAUCCUUCUUGUCCAUGUGGCUCCUAAGAAGCUGGAAACUCCGUCAAACGGAAUAUCUCGGCUUUUACGAAAAGGGGCAGGAGGCGGCCAUUCAUAAUGUCGCUGUCAUUCAUCCCAGCGAAGAAAGCAAGCAUGAGGUGGUUUCUACCAGGAGACAACAAAACACUGUUGUCUCAUACAUAACGAACAUGUUUGUCAUGAAGCGUCUAUAA